AUGAAUCGAUUUACGGAAUUCGAACUUGAAACCCACGAAUUAAAACCUAUUGCUGGUUAUUGGACUUACGAGCUUGUUUCACUUGAAGAAUCAUUAAAGGAUUUCUUGUCAAAAAUUAAUGAGCUUAAACCUACUAUCAAAGAAGCCAAAAAACGUUGCACGCAACCAUCACCGCAUAAUCUAACGCGGGAUGAGUCGGCUGCAUUGUUUCUUUAUACCAUGGAGGCAGGCGAUCAUAGUUUCUAUCGCCUUUUAAACCAAGUACUAAGAAAAGAAAACCGAAAUGAAGUAAUACCGUGGUUUAGCUAUCUGAAGCUAUUCAAUACGGCACUUCGUAAAUUGCCAAAACAAAAAGGAAUUAUUUGGCGUGCCGUAGCUGGUAAUGUCACCAGUGGCUAUACAGCAAAUAAAAUAGUGACAUGGUGGACUGUAAGUUCUUGCUCGACAUCAGCCGAUGUUGUCAAGGCUUUUCUGAAACCUGAUCAAGAAGUAACGCUCUUCAUGAUCGAAGCCGUCGCUGGAAGAAAUCUGGCUGGCUAUACAAUGUAUCCUGAUGAACACGAAGUUAUAUUGGAAUUCGGCACUAAGUUACUGGUGAAAAAUAUUGAAUUUCAACAUGGCAAUUUACGUUUAGUGCAUUUAAUAGAAAUUAAUGAUAAUGAUGAUAAUAAUAGUCAACAAGGAUUAACAGCAGCGAUGGCAUCAGUACAUGUAACACCGAAGUCAACAAAACCGAGCAAUAAUAAGCCAACACAUCGUAAUAUUCCUGCUGAUGCUAAAUGGAAACAGAACGGUGUGACUAUUGCUGGAGGUUACGGGAUGGGAGAUGCCACUAAUCAACUCUUCUACCCUAAAGGUCUCUUCGUUGAUGAUGAUCAAACAGUGGUUAUUGCUGACUGGGGGAAUCAUCGUAUCAUGCAAUGGAAGAACGGUGAUACAACGAAUGGACAAGUUGUUGCUGGUGGUAAUGACGAAGGAAAUGGAUUGCAUCAAUUGGAUCGUCCAACUGAUGUAUUAAUUGACAAAGAGACGGACAGUCUCAUUAUUUGUGACCGGGACAAUCAACGAGUCGUACGAUGGUCUCGUCGUAGUGAUAUAACACAAGGUGAAAUACUCAUCGACAACAUCCAAUGUUGGGGAUUAGCCAUGGAUGAGCAGAGAUAUCUCUACGUUUCUGACACAGAAAAAGAUGAAGUAAGGCGAUAUCAAUUGGGUGAGAAGAAUGGCACUCUCAUAGCUGGUGGUAAUGGACAAGGGGAUGGACUCAAUCAGCUCAACGUGCCGACAUAUCUCUUUGUCGAUCGAGAUCAUUCAGUGUACGUAUCAGACAACGAGAACCAUCGUGUAAUGAAAUGGACUAAAGGUGCAAAAGAAGGUAUUGUGGUCGCUGGAGGACAAGACGAAGGGUAUGAUCUGACACAAUUAUAUUGUUCUAGUGGAAUCUUCGUUGAUACGUUGGGUAGACUCUAUGUAGCAGACCAGGUGAAUCAUCGUGUAAUGCGUUGGACUCAAGGAGGCAAGAAGAAACAAGGCACUGUAAUUGUGGGUGAAAAUGGCGAAGGAGCACGAGCAAAUCAGUUCAGCAACCCCUAUGGUUUGUCUUUCGAUCGACAUGGUAAUCUCUAUAUCGCCGAUUGUUAUAAUAAUCGUGUUCAACAAUUUUCUAUCGAAUAA